CUUUAUUAAGUAUUAGCUGUUUAGCAUACAAAAAAUAUCUUAAAUUUUUUUUUAUAAUGAAACGAUAAACAAAUGUACGAUCACAAUAUUUGUUCACUUAAAAAUAUGGAAAAAUUAAUAAAUUUACCAGAAAACAUCUCUUCAAACUUUGAAAAAUCGCAUUCGAAACAAGAUGUGACCGGAAGCUUAGAUGACUCCUAUGGAGGUUGUGCGGAGAAUAAAUAUGGGUUAAAUUCCUUAUCCGGCUCCAUCAAUAAUCAUUUUUCUGCAUUCUCUCAGGACACUUAUCAACCCCAUCAUCCACCUUUUCAUUCGCCUUUUUUCCAGCUACCUACCGCCUAUUAUACCGGCUUAACGCCUUAUUAUCCGAUUGUCAUAUCUUCGGCCCCUACUUUGAUCUACGAUACUUUAAGCCGACCAACAUCUAAAUGUGUGGACGAACCACAUAAUUUUAUGUGCGGGAUAUAUAACAACCUGGAUUUGAAGGAUGAUAAAGAACAAUUCGUACCGAAUAAAGACGCUACAAAAAAAUCACCUCUAAAUGACCCUGAUUUACCUAUCAUAGUUUCUAAGCCGAGUUCUGAAGAUUCGGCGAUAAUUACGAUUCCUAAACUCCGUCUAAGUUCCCCGACAAACGGCCACCUCGCGAAUAACCAUGAUUCCUCUUUUCUUAAUUCUUACUGUAGCACUCCUCCAUUCUCCACCUUCCAUGCUUACACUCACAUACCUUCUAUAAUGUCCAAUCUUUCCGAUAUUCCACUCAAGCCAUCUAUCAUCGAUCCUACCAUCAAUCACACUUCAGGGAUUCUUGAACAAACAACGAAUAACAAUGGCAAGGGUGACAACAUAGGGUUCGGGUUUACUCAAGAUCAAAUUGCGUGCGUGUGCGAGGUUUUGCAACAAUCUGGUAACAUAGAAAGAUUGGCUCGAUUUUUAUGGUCCCUUCCAAGGGAGUGCCCCCAUUUGCAUUCUAACGAAAGCGUUCUUAAAGCUAAAGCAGUUGUAGCAUUUCACACAUCUGACUUCAAAUCGCUUUACUUUAUCCUGGAGAAUAAUGAAUUUUCGUGUCAUAAUCAUUCCAAGUUGCAGCAAAUUUGGUUGAAAGCGCACUACCUCGAGGCGGAAAAGGCUCGAGGGGGUAGACCUCUAGGAGCUGUUGGCAAAUACAGGGUUAGAAGGAAGUUUCCUUUGCCCAGGACAAUAUGGGAUGGGGAAGAGACUAGUUAUUGCUUCAAAGAAAAAUCUCGCGGCAUUUUGAGAGAUUCUUACCGAGCUAAUCCAUAUCCUUCCCCAAGGGAAAAGAGAGAGUUAUCGGGUAUCACCGGUUUAUCCUCAACCCAAGUUAGUAAUUGGUUUAAAAAUAGACGACAAAGAGAUAGGGCAGCCGAAAUUAGAGAAAAGGACGGCAUUAAAUACUCUGACAACGAAGAUGACACUAAAACAGUCUCAUCCUUCGAAGAAAAAGAUAAAAACCUCGAUAUCGAUUCCACGAAAGAAAAAUACAACUACAUUGAAGAUCCCCAGGAUGGUUAUAGCUCAUCCGAAGCUGGGGACGAUAGAUUUGCUGAUUCAUUGCUCACUGAUAAUGAUUGUGGAGCUGGAUACGAGCGAAUAUAUGCCGUAAACAUGACCUCCGUAAAUAGCGGUAACAAUAACCAUUGCGCUUAUUCCGUUGCGUCCUCCCUUCAUCCUAGCAACUACAUAAAUUACACGAAUCUUGAUAAUAUCUGCUCUCAAACUGGAGAUAACGUGAGCCACAUAAUUAACGAUAUAAACAGGGGACUAAGUGAUACAGGGUAUAAUGGUUCUGCGAUGUUCCCCUUUUUCGAUACAUCACAACAUAAAUCCAAUAUAAGCCCAGAAUUUUUGCCCUUGAAUAAAAGGAUCAAACAUUAUUAAACAUCCAUGGUAUUUAACUUAAUACUUGCAUAUCUUAUGAAAUUGAGUGUAACGAGUUUUCAUAAGAUAUUACAAUUGUAUACGCUAGAUAAUUUUUCAUUUUUUUUAUGUGAUUCGCUAGGUCUCACGAUAUUUUAGAAAGGUUUGUGAUUUGAAAUAAUUAUAUAAAAUAUUUACAA